AUGGCCGCUGCCUUCGAUGAUGAAGACCUCUCUGUCUCUUUACCACCCAUCGACCGUGACAGCUAUCGGGAUCAAGAUCGACGCCGUGACCGUGCCGCUCCCCCCUCCGGUUCGAAUUUCUCCGCUAUGCCUAUGCCUCCGCCCUCACGUCCGAUCGGGAAAGGCGGCGAUCUGUCGAGGCAGUCGCCAGCGACCACGAGGGACAUGCAGCGCCUUGAUCAGUACCAAACAGUGAAGAUAUUGGGGGAGGGCUCGUUUGGCAAGGUCAAAUUGGCGAUUCAUCAACCCAGCGGCCGCCAGGUCGCCCUGAAGAUCAUCUCCCGCCGCAAGCUUCUUUCCAGGGACAUGGUUGGUCGGGUUGAGCGUGAGAUUCAGUACCUCCAACUGCUACGGCACCCUCACAUCAUCAAGCUUUACACCGUUAUAGCCACUAAAACUGAUAUUGUUAUGGUCUUGGAAUACGCCGAACGGGAAUUGUUUGAUUACCUGGUGAAGAGGGGCAGAUGCAACGAUGCUGAAGCUCGCAAGUUUUUCCAACAGAUUAUUUGUGCGGUCGAGUACUGUCACCGCCAUAAGAUCGUACAUCGUGAUUUGAAACCGGAGAAUCUCCUCAUUGAUAGCGAAAAGAAUGUCAAAAUUGCAGAUUUUGGCUUGAGCAACAUUAUGACCGAUGGCAACUUCCUUAAAACUAGUUGCGGGAGUCCGAAUUAUGCCGCGCCCGAAGUUAUCUCGGGCAAGCUUUACGCGGGACCGGAGGUCGAUGUUUGGAGCUGUGGUGUCAUCUUAUAUGUGCUAUUGGUGGGACGACUUCCUUUCGACGAUGAUUAUAUCCCGGCCCUUUUCAAGAAAAUUGCUGCGGGCAACUUCCAUAUGCCUCCGUAUAUAUCUUCCGGAGCUGCUCGGUUAAUUAGGUCGAUGCUACAAGUACACCCAGUUCAUCGGAUUACAAUCCCCGAGAUUCGCCAGGAUCCUUGGUUUCUCCAGGACCUUCCGAAAUAUUUGCAACCACCGGCCGAGGAAUUCAUUGCAGCAGAUAUCAAUCCCAACAAAGCAAUUGAUCCGCGCAAGCUCGCUCCGGGAAAGCCGCUCUCUGCUCAGCACAAGAUCAACCAGGUGGCCAUAUCCAAGUUGGAAAGGAGCAUGGGGUAUGGCCGCGAGGAUAUCGAAGAAGCAUUGAGACAUCCCGAACCUAGUGCCAUCAAAGAUGCUUUCUUCAUCGUUGUAGAAAAUGAAAUGAUGCAAACAAACUCACCUACGGAUGAUAACAUGAUGGGUCCGGUGGUAUCUCCUCCGCCUCCAGAUAGAGCUUCCCAGCGCCCGUCAGCGGCUGAGCGAUCAACUGCUGCUCGUUCUCAGGAAGUUCAGUCUGCUCCACCUACCAUAACACGAAGUGGUUCCCAACGUCAGCCUUUCCAACUGUCGCAGCAGAAUGACCAAGAUGGGUUAGAAGAGGCACGUGUGAGCCAUGUCAGAAUACUGCCGACUAGUUUACCCUACGUUCAUGAUCAGCUUAUGGAGCAACGCGAGCGAGAGCAAAGGGCUCGGGCUGCAAAUCGGCUGGCGGAGAAGCGAACUCAAGCUCAGACGGGCGCAGAUGCCCACGAAUAUCAUAGCCAGGCUGACCGAGACCGGGUGGAACAAGAGACAACGGCUCGAGCUUUGAAGCCUCACUCACGUAGUAUCGUCGAUCUAGAGAAGCUGCGUCUAGACCCUCCUGAAACUCGUAGUGCGCCACAUCAGCCAAAACGGACCCGGAAAUGGCAAUUUGGGAUCCGCUCGCGGAAUCAGCCAUAUGAAGCGAUGCUCUAUCUAUACAAGGCGAUCGCCGCCCAAGGAGGCGUUUGGGAUAUCCUGCCAGAUGAGUCAGGCAUUCAAAUCGGGGCUGAUGCACAGACCGCAGACGAAUCCAAACCGCUGCAAACCAAGUAUCCUGAUCUACCGUCCGACUACUACAUCCCCAAGGAUCCGUGGUUCAUCCGCGCCCGUCUCUUGAAAGAAGGCGUUAAGGCUCCUGGUUCAUCGGGAAGCGUGAAUAGCAGUCGGAGCGACCUGGGGGAAUUCCGCCGUCGAUUCAAUUUGAGUGGGCCAUCGUCUGCUGAUGAAAAGAGCUCGAUCCCCAUUGAACACGGAAACAUAUCAGGUCCUUCUUCUGCUACACAGCAUCAGUCGAUUCCGCGGAUCGCGUACGGAGUUUGGGUUUUCGUGGAUAUUCAACUUUACCAAUUAGAAGAGCACAACUUCAUGGUGGAUUUCAAAUGUGAUGGGUAUCAAAACGUGAUUCGUGCCGAAGGCGACGCGGAAUGGCAUCCUAUCAGCAAACGAUUCCGGAAUAAGGAGAAGGAGGUGACAAGUCCUUAUCCAUUCCUCGACGUUGCGUCUGAUCUUGUGGCGCAACUGGCCGUCGCAAGCUAG